CGCCAUGGAUAUUUCCUCCACAGAAGUACAAUGCUGAUUAUGAUCUGUCAGCUCAGCAAGGGGCAGACACCCUGGCCUUCAUGUCUCUCCUGGAGAAGUUGAUCCCGGUGCUGGUGAGUGUGCCCAGACCUCCCAGCAUCCAUGGCCAGCCGGGGAGGGGACGGGCACACACAGACCCACAAGAGACUCAGGACAGCAUGGAGGUCAGAAGCCCACCUUGAAUCAGACAGGUGUGCUGGCUCAGACCUGCCUGUUUCUUCCUGCCCACCCAAUCCAGGUACAUACUUUUUGGUGUCACCAAAGAACUACAUGGAAGUGACCCGGAAGUGGUAUGCAGAGGCUAUGCCCUUUCCCCUCAACUUCUUCCUGCCUGGCCGCAUGCAGCGGCAGUACAUGGAACGGCUACAGCUGCUGACUAGGGAGCACAGGCCUGAGGACGAGGAAGAGCUGGAGAAGGAGCUGUACCGAGAGGCUUGGGAGUGUCUGACCCUGCUCUCUCAGCGCCUGGGCUCUCAAAAGUUCUUCUUUGGAGAUGCAUGAGUCUGACUCCAAGAGGGUAAUGGCCCUGCCUCCUUGGACGCCUUCAUCUUCAGCUACUUGGCCCUGCUGCUGCAGGCAAAGCUGCCCAGUGGGAAGCUGCAGGUCCACCUGCGUGGGCUGCACAACCUCUGUGCCUAUUGUACCCACAUUCUCAGUCUCUACUUCCCCUGGGAUGGAGCUGAGGUACCACCGCAACGCCAGACACCAGCAGGCCCAGAGACUAAGGGGGAGCCAUACAGGCGCUGGAACCAGAUCCUAUCUGUGCUGGCAGGACUGGCAGCCAUGGUGGGCUACGCCUUGCUCAGCAGCAUUGUCUCCAUCCAGUGGGCACCGCCUGCUCGGGCCCCAGGCACCUGGACCCUGGGCAUGGCUGAGGAGGAUGAAGAGGAAUGAUUUGUCCUCACGCUCCCAAGACUGGUUUUUCUACUCUCAUGCAUUCCAGAGGCCCCCGUGCCUCCUCGUUGUUGGUACAGCCGGACACGGGGUGCUGCCCCCCAGAAUAAAGCCACUCACACUGA